ACUUUUUGCCAUCUGUAGCGUUAAUGUCACUAAUUUAAAUCAUCAUAACGGAGCAAGGUGGAUACCUGUUUUACUCUGAACUGCAGGCCACUGAUGUGGACUACAAGCAGAAUUUGUCUGGCAUGAACCAAAGAUGUUUCACAUUUAAAGACUUCAUGAGAGGGAGCACCAAACGAACAUGAAAAGAUGGACUUGCACACUUUCUGGAACGAAACCACCGCCCACAAUGAGACUGAAAUGGAUGGGAUGUUUUUCAUUUUUAACUGCAUAGUCUUAACUUUAACAUUGCUUUUGGGUACACCUGGAAACUUGUGGGUUUGUUGGGUCGUCUUCAGGACCAAAAGCCUGCAGACUUUUAAUAACGCGCUGCUGGUGAGCUUGGCCGUCAGUGACCUCCUGAAAUGCUCUCUGGACACCCCUUUGUUGCUCUUCUCUUGUCUGCGGUAUUGGAAGAGCAGCCAGGUGUCUAUGUCGGUGUGCACCCUGCAGCAGUUCACCUAUGCCCUGUGCAGCUGCGUCCAGCUGCUCACGCUGGUCAGCAUCAGUGUUGAGCGCUACCAAGCCAUCGCGUUUCCGUUCCAAACCGAUAGGAGGAAAGCCAGGGUCCGGCUGUGGAUCCUGUCCAUCUGGGCAUGUGGCCUCCUCCUGGCUAUACUUUCUUUGAUACUUUCCAAAAAGGCGCUUUUUUGCAUGCUUUGCCGUCCGCACCACGGGGAUAAUGGGGACGAGUGGCUUCAAAAUGCAGAUCCAUUUGGUCCCUACGUGCUGGUCCCGGUAUGGGGAUUAUCUCUUACUGUGAUUGUUAUCCACUACACCCGGAUAUUCAAAGUUGUAAGGCAGCACCGAAAGAAAGUGUUCAGUCAGGGAGUCCAGCUGAGGCCAACAGUGUCGAAACACGUGUGGCUGGAUGUCCCGGCCCCGGCACCACGGUCAGCUCCACCGGGCUGCUUUAGUCCGCUGCCCCCCCUCCGCAAGGUGCUCUUUGUGGCGGAAGCAAGUGCUCCAUGUGCGGGCUCGUCCACAGAAGGCGCCCCGGGGAGACUUCCGGAGAUCUUAGGGGCAGUGUGUCUCCUGACACCAGGGGCCAGGGAGCGUAAGAAGAAAAAUAUGGAGGGGAAACUUGCUCAGCGUUUUGGGUACAUAAUCAUUGCUUUCACACUUUUCUGGAUGCCCAUGGUGGUUAUUUUGCUAAUGGACGUUGUGUCGUGGCAGGAUGCAGACAAAUUGAUGAUGGAGCUGGAGAAAUCAGCGAUGGUGCUGACCUGUGUGCAGGCUGCAGUGGAUCCCCUCAUCUACACUUUAGUCACCAGACAGUUUCGCUCUGAACUCAGCAAGAUCCUCUCCUCAAUCCCAAGGUGUCCCCCAAAACAGAGGGCCUGAAUGUUUAAUCCUUUAUCAACAUUGUGGUCACAUGUAUUGCACUUUUGGGACAUAAAAACACAAAGAGAACUAAAUAUGCACAACCUGCUACCUUUUUUACACACUAUCACACACACUGAUUUGGAGGCAGGUGAAGAAGACAGCCCGCAGAGUUUGUAUUUGUGGCAGAUAUAGAUGUUUUAUCAGGCGUUUCACAGUUGAGACACAAGACAAGGUCAUAAAUAAUAUCCAACACCUGACAAGAUACGCACAGCAGUAGUCUCAACAACGACAUGUGGCAUAGGAGGGCAAAGCAAAGAGGAAAACUGACUGAGCCCUGAAAAAAAGAGUACAUAACAGCGAAAGAGAGACAAACACAAUCAAAGACCUCUGUUUUUGUUGUUUGUAAAUCAAAAUGCAAUCACUUGACACUUAGAGCGGAAAUAUGCUAACAUAAUAAUUCAAACGGUGUCAUUUGAAAGUGCAGCCGACACAAAACAGCCUGUUUUGUACCUGGAAGCAGUAAAUAACACACUUAAUCACUGUCCUAGCAACAAACAAUACAGGGAACCUCAUUCCUGCCAUUACCUAUGUCAUACCCUUGGUGUUGUUUUCAAUAUUUUCUAAAUGUCAGACUUCAUGCUGUGAAUAUGAAGUCAAUGUCUUGGACCCCUCUUUUAAAAUUACACUGAAAAA